CUGACUUCCAAUCAGCACCAUGGACGAAAUAGGAAUUAACGUUUCGGAAAAGGAGGAGAGUAAUGUGUCAUCUGAAUCAAGGCCAAGUACAGCCCAGACCUUUAUCCAUACAGACCCACUUGCAGUAGAUGUAGAUGAUCUAUAUGUCAAAUACAAGAAACUGCAGAGACAACUGGAAUUCUUGGAAGUUCAGGAGGAAUACAUCAAAGAUGAACAGAAGAAUUUAAAGAAGGAGUACCUACAUGCCCAGGAGGAAGUGAAACGUAUACAGAGUGUACCACUUGUGAUUGGUCAGUUUCUGGAGGCAGUUGAUCAGAACACAGGAAUUGUGGGAUCAACGACAGGGUCCAAUUACUAUGUGCGAAUUCUGUCAACAAUUGAUCGUGAGUUGUUGAAGCCUAGUGCCAGUGUUGCCCUACACAAGCACAGCAAUGCAUUGGUUGAUGUCUUACCACCCGAGGCUGACAGCAGUAUCACCAUGCUGGGUGCAGAUGAGAAGCCAGAUGUCCAGUAUGCAGACAUAGGAGGCAUGGAUAUUCAGAAACAGGAGGUUCGUGAGGCUGUAGAGCUACCUCUCACACACUUUGAUCUCUACAAACAGAUCGGUAUAGACCCACCUAGAGGUGUUCUCAUGUUUGGUCCUCCUGGCUGUGGAAAGACUAUGUUGGCAAAGGCAGUGGCUCAUCAUACUACAGCUGCGUUUAUCAGAGUGGUUGGUUCAGAGUUUGUACAAAAGUACCUAGGAGAGGGACCACGUAUGGUGAGAGAUGUCUUCCGCCUUGCCAAAGAAAAUGCACCAGCUAUUAUCUUCAUAGAUGAGAUCGAUGCUAUUGCAACUAAACGGUUUGACGCACAGACAGGAGCUGAUCGUGAAGUUCAGAGGAUCUUGUUGGAAUUACUUAACCAAAUGGAUGGUUUUGACCAAACAGUUAAUGUUAAAGUAAUAAUGGCAACUAACAGACAUGACACACUAGAUCCUGCCUUGCUACGUCCUGGUCGUCUAGAUCGUAAAAUAGAGUUCCCACUGCCAGACAGACGUCAGAAGCGUCUAAUCUUCUCUACGAUUACUGGAAAGAUGAACCUGAGUGAGGAAGUUGAUUUGGAAGAUUACGUUGCAAGACCUGAUAAAAUCAGUGGUGCUGACAUCAAUGCUAUAUGUCAAGAGGCUGGUAUGCAAGCUGUACGUGAGAACAGAUAUGUUGUCCUGUCAAAGGACUUUGAAAAGGGAUACAAGAACAAUAUAAAGAAAGAUGAAACGGAACAUGAGUUCUAUAAAUAGACAAGAACAAUCAGACAAUAGUACUUCUUCAGUGGAAAGACACGGCAUAUGUUCCUCGAUGGGCAAAACUUGAUGUUCAGAAAUUGUAAAUCUUGGGUUUUCUUGAUGAAUUGAAAGAACAUUCUCUUAAUACAACAUGACAUUUCUGAAGCAAUACAUGCCUAAGAAAGUGAGAAAUCACCCAAGCUAUGGCGGUGUUAACUGUUAAGUGUCUAAUAUUGAUUCAGAAGUACAUGUUAAUGGCUCUAGUUUGGCUGUUUGUAAAACAAUUAAUUCAUAGAUGUCUCGAAUCUUUUUGAACAAGAUUAAAAAUACAUUUCUUAAACAUUGCAAAGUGUUCGUAUAUGUUUAGUAAAUAAAUAAUUUAAAAAAAAUGUUGAUCUUGAGAUUCUACAGAAUACAGGGUGCCCCAGAAGUAAUUAUAAUUAUGCUCUAAAAUUUUUAUUCAAAAAGGAAGCAAUAUAAAAUUCACACAAAAUAAAGAUCAAGGUGUAGGCUUCGUUUUGCUGUAUCACAUUUAUCACUAGACAAAACAAUUCUCUAUUUAUUGUUGCUGUUGCAACCAGUAUGCACGUUCUGCGGACCAUAUUGUAAACGUUUAAACUCAUGAAGAAAAGCAGUUAUUCUGCCAUAAUUUUUGAAGCUUUUAAAUCAUUGUAUGUUGUUGCAUGAUGUUAUAGUGCUUUAAUAUUAUUUAAUUUAGCUCAUUAUGACA